AUUCAAUUGUUUCAUGAAUGUAAAGUAUCUAUUUUCUUUUGGAAGGAUCUAGAUAGACAAUGUUCAAUUAUAAUAGUUCAUUAGGAAGGAUACAAGUGAAUCAUUCAUUAUUUUUUCCUAUGAACAAUAAAGUUUUAACACAUUUUACAACGGAACCAGUUGAAAUUUAUUUACCGAGUAUUAUUACUUCAACUAUAUUACUUAUUAUUAUUUCUAUGAUUGGAACAAUAGGUAAUAGUCUUGUUGUAUGGGCAUUUACAAAACAAGUUAAACAAGGUAUUAUUUCUGGCUUAUUUAUUCUAUUAUUGGCUUGUAAUGAUUUAUUUAUUUGUCUUAUUGUAAUUCCAUGUACAUUAUAUUUAGAUAUUUGGACAGGGGAUACAACUGAUUGGAUAUGUCGUGCACAUUUAACAAUGAAAGGAUUUGUUGUACCUGUUUCAGCAUGUAUAUUAAUGUUGAUAGCAAUGGAAAGAUUUUUAUUAAUCUGUUUCAUUCCUGGUAUACAAAUGCAACGUACACAUAUUGUAUUAUCAUUAGUCAUUAUAUUUUGCAUUGGUUUAUUAUGUGCUAUACCAAUGGGAUUACAUGUUCGUGCAAUUGAUUUAUUUAAAGAACGUGAUGAAUUAUUAGAUUUAAAUACAUUGAAAUAUGGAUUAUCCACUAUGGAAAAUGAAGAAUGGCUUGAUCAAUUACGUGUUUCAAAACGAUGCGACAAAGAUGACACAUACAUUAAUGAUCAGUUGUACUGGUAUCAUCAAAUUUGUGUACUCCUGUUAUUUUUAGUAUUAUUUCUUGGAACAGCUGGUGUAUAUGCACUGAUCUUUCUAUUUGUCUGGAGGCAUGAAUCAUUUAUGUAUGAGAAAUAUGGUAAUCCAAAAAUGAAAGGCAAUUGGGUACGUAUACAUGCUACACCGAAUUCUUCAGGUGAUAUAAAUGAAUCCAAAUGGAAUUCAAUUAAAAAACGGAUAUCAUUUCGUAAACAGUUAAAAGAAUCAAAUAAUUUACAAAAUGAACAAGGAGAUAAACAAAAUUCUAGUGUCUUUGAAGAUGAAGAAAGACAACAAUUGGAACUUCAGGACCGUCAACAAUAUGGACAGAGUUGCUUUGAACAAUUGUCUAGUUUAUCAUUACCUCAGCCAUAUCUAAAACAACAAACUUUGGGAAUUCAUCAACCUCUAACAGAUAUGACAACAUCGACAAGUUUUGUCACAUCUAAUUUAGACAGAAUAAGUUGUGUGUGUUUAUGUGAAAGAGAUAAUAACAAUGGAUUGAUUAAAACUAGUCAGUGUUCAAUUCCUAAAGAUAAACUAUUCAAUGACAAUAAUACUGAUAAAGAUAAUGAAGAGUCACAUUGUUCAAAGCUACUUGGCAAUAAGAAAACCCAGUGUACUAUAGAAAUAAAUAAUCCUCAAUUAUCAAGAACUGAAUUGUCAGCAGCUAAUCUAGAACGUAGACGUAAACCACAUGUUCGUACAGCUCAAACAUUAGCAUUAGUUGCAGCAAAUUUCAUUAUAUCUUAUACACCAUAUCUUGUUUAUACAACAAUGCCAAUACAAAAAAGACAAGUAGUUCUUUUAAAAGAUAAACCACAUUGGACUAUUCAAGUAAGACGUAUACUAUUUUACAUGUAUUUCAUUAAUUCUGCAUUGAAUCCAAUCAUUUAUUCUUGUAUGAAUAGACAUUUUCGUGUUUGUAUAAUCAAGUUUUAUACAGAUUUAAAGAUGAAAUUGAAAAGACAAAUAACAAGAUCAAUCAUAAAUGAUACUAAUCAUGAAUUGGUUUGUGUUGAAUUAUCACCUAAACCAACUGCUUCAAAUCAAUAAAAUUGUUUAAUAAACAAUAUAAAACAUAUCAUUUCUAUUUCAUUGAUUAUAAAUGAUCCAAGAUGAACUUUGUUUUAUCCAAUGGAUCCAAUUAGAUCAUUGAAUGAUUUCAAUGAAUCGAUUGGAUCAUUCAUUCAUAACUUUUAUUCUUAUUGUAUCUUAUUUAUGAAAUAUCAUCAUAUUCAUCUUAUUAUUAUUAUUAUAAUCGACGUAAUAUUCUUUCAAAAAUACAAUCAAUGGAAUGUGACCUUUUUUCAAAACAAGAAGAAAAGUCGAAGGAACAAGUUAGUUGCUACCCAGAGAGAGGCUUAGAAACAACAGUAACCAUAAAUAUUUAUGGUCUAACUAUCAUAUGACCACCUCUGAAUUAACUACUUUUAUAAAUCCAGUGUUCAUCUUGUUGUGCUAAUGAGGUAUGGCAACUUGAACCGAUGCAUAUAUGGGCCUGGUCCUAUGUUGUAGCUGACUGACUGAAUCUAACUAUUAUUGUAAAUUUUACGGACUAAUUUGUCUUGAUUUGAAUCUAUGGUUCAUGUUUAUGGAAGCAACUUCUACAAAUUCAACAAAUCUAAGGUGACAUUUUUAAACUCUAUAUGCCAUUAACCACCAUAAGUAUUUUAAUAUCUACUCUUAUUUGUUUAGAUAGUGCUUGUUUCAACUGAAUCCUCAAAUACUACAAUUAAUCCAUUUUAAUGAGUUAGAACAUCAAUGUAUACAAUCAAAUCUUGUAACGUAACGACAGAUGACUAUCAUUGAAACUAUGAGCUGAUCAAUGUUAGACCAUCAUUGAAAAACUCGAGAAUAAUGAUCGAUCAUUUAGUUUUUUAGUAUAAGAUUCUCGAGAAGUGCUCAUCCAUGAUAUCUUAUGCAAGAUACCGGCUGGAUGGUUCAAAGGAUGCAGGUUCGCAUGCAAAACUGAAGAUUUUGGGUUCGAAGCCCGUAUAUGGGGUUGUGAAAACGCUCUGCUGAGAACUUCAUGCUGAGAUCAAACCAUCGUCUAGUGUUUCUAGGUUUUCAAUGCUUUUCUAACAUUGUUUGGUUCAUGAUUUCAAUUGAAUUCAAUAACCUCUACAACUCCAUGAUGAAAAGAUGAUUAGUUUACAAAUUUGUACACACAAGUGAAGUUGGAGGAUCUGUCAUACAGUGAUCAUGUGACAUUGCAACUAAUGGACAUGUAGAAUAUGUGACUAGCUUGUAUGAAGGAAAUCUGUUAACAAAAAAAUUUACCGGUCCGGUUAAACAUUACAUUAUACUUCAGAUUUAGAUUAGUAAAUAUGCCAAAUACAAUAUUAUUAGAAGUGAAAUGAAAAAAACCUUCAUCUGAGCCACAAAUUUUCUCCGUUAUCAUUCAUUUCAAUGAUUUACAGUACCAUCUUCAACCUGGAACUCUUGAUGAAAAAUUGUUUGUUAUAUACUACUACUAUCUUAUCAUCGUAAUUUAAACAAAUGAAAAUUACUUACUCAAUACAACAGUCUACAAUAAUUCUACUCAGUAGUGUGAUAUCAUUUUUCAAAGUUCAUAUAUGGAAAGGCUCAAAUAUGUGAAUAUUUAAUGUGACGCUUCAGCUAAAGCUUGCUGAUAUCACACUGAUUUAGAUGAACGUAUGAAUAUGCUAUGUACUUAAAUCAUCCAUUUAACUCUGUAUAUUACCUAGGCUAACCCUGUUUGUGUGACGGCGCUAAUAACAAGCCAAAUACACAUUAUGUUAGAGGAAUUCCAUUCAAGCACUCGUUUAUCCAGAUAGAAAUUCAGAAUAAGAAGAGAGAGAUCAAAGCAAAACGGAGCGGAGAAGGUGAGGGAGAUAACUCGAUCUGAUUAAGUAUGACUCGGUAGUUAUAGUCAGACAAAAUUAGUUACAUUCACAUAAUGAAUAGGUUAAUCACUUAACACAUAUAUGCUUAUGUAAAAACAGUCAAGGUUAAUCGGCGAAUUACUACUCUGUAUAUUUGCAUUAAUUGGCUUGGGAAAUAUUUCUUUCACAACUUCAAACAAAAGAUUCUACUUACUUUUGUCUUUUAGAAGAAAUUGUGUAGGCAAAGUGAUAUGGUAAUAAAAUCACCACCUGAUUAAUAAUAUUAUUCAAUGAAGUUUGAUCCGUGUCGGGUAAUGACAAGCAUCUACCUCAAAUAAUGGAUGAAUAGUUGCGCAAACAUUUAUGGAUCGAUGAAAGUUAAACGUUAACAACGUUGGAUGCUGGUUCAGUGGUAUAGAGGUUAAGUGUUCACGUGAGAUCGAAAGUCUUGGCUUUAAAUCCUGCAUGUGAGAUCAUGGAUACACACUUCUGGCGAGUCCCAUAUCAAGACGAAACUGUUAUCUAGUGUUCUCCAUUCUGAUCAUCAUUCAACAAUUCAUUAUCAUGUUUUAAUCUAUGAUUUUCACUUUUUUCCCCAUUAAUAUUGACUUAUCUACUAGUAGAACACAUGUCACAAUCAAUUUAACCAAUUCAAAUUCAAUAAUGAAUGUCAUUUCUUCUUUUAUUUUGAUCAUUUCUAUGUUCAUUUUUGACAGGGAUACACAUAGUUUAUCAAAUGAUUUCAAUAGAUCAGCUACUAUCUUUAAAAAAACUGUUGCUUUGAAUGAUUCAAUAUUUAGAUGGUUUAAAAGAAUCAUUGUUGAUUAUUCCUUUUAAUGAAACAAUCUCAAUGAUUAUUGUUUCUUUUGUUUUCUUCUUCUUUUGCUUCUUCUUCUUCUUCUUCUUCUUUCUUAUCUGCCCUUGAAUAGAUAACGUUCAUUAUACAUUUUGUUUUUAAUCAUAAAGGUCAUGUAUGAUUAAUUUCUGAGGUAAAUUCAUUAAAUAAGUAAAUAUGAUCAGAUAAAUUAAAUAAUUGGAUGUUGUUUGUACAAAGAUUCUUAUCAAUGUUCCCAUGAUAUACAUAUGAAUAGAUUCAGAGGUGGAUAGAUUGACUGUAUAGAUAGAUAGAUAGAUAGAUAGAUA